AUGCUUGUAGCAUUGUUUUACACGCACCAUUUUGUACUUUAUAACAACCCACUUCAUGUCUUUUUUUUCUUUAUAGGGCCUGGAGGUCACGUGUCAAAGUACAGCCUCAGCUGGUUGGCUGAGAACAGCUACGAAAGAAAGAAGAAGGCCGUCGUACAGCCACGCAUCCUGUGGAGCUCCAGCAUCUACAAAGAUGCAAACGUACCAACGUCCAAAUGGAGCGAGUUUAUGAGCCACGACGACGAGCUGAAGAAGUUCCUCCGCAACUACCUUCUGUACGGGAUCGCCUUUGUGGAUGACGUCCCGCCCACAGUGGAAGCCACCGAGGCCGUGACGCAGAGGGUCAGCCUCAUCAGGGAGACCACAUAUGGGAGGAUGUGGAGCUUCACGUCUGAUUUUUCCAGAGGAGACACUGCUUACAGUCAGCUGGCCCUGGACCGUCAUACUGACACCUCAUACUUCCAGGAGCCGUGUGGAAUCCAGGUUUUCCAUUGUCUCAAGCACGAGGGGACAGGAGGGAGGACGCUGCUGGUGGACGGGUUCCACGCCGCAGAGACUCUGCGCCAGCGCUCGCCGGAAAGCUUCUCGCUGCUCGCCGGCGUCCCCAUCAGCCACGAGUACGUGGAAAACACAGACAGCCACCGGAACCACAUGACGGGCAUCGGCCCUGUGCUCAGCGUCUACCCGUGGAACGAGGAGCUGUACCUGAUGAGAUACAACAACUAUGACCGGUCAGUGAUAAACACAGUUGCCCACGACACCGUCCGGCAAUGGUACGCUGCACAUCGAGAGCUGACCAAGGAACUGAGGCGGCCAGAGAACGAGCUGUGGGUCAAACUGAGUCCAGGAAAAGUAAUUUUUAUCGACAACUGGAGGGUUUUGCACGGGAGGGAGUCUUUCACCGGCCUGAGGCAGCUCUGUGGAUGUUAUCUGACCAGAGACGACGUCCUCAGCACUGCCCGUGCCUUCGGUCUGCAGGCCUGA